CACCAUUAAUCGAUAUAGCGCGCAUUAUUGAUACUCAUCUGUCGAGGGAAAGAGACACAGACACCGAAUUUGUUUCAAGAGUAGCUCUGUGCUUUUUCGGGCAAGUUAAAAAUGUAAAUCACGUGCAGCUGACCAGUUUUAUAGAUAACGUCAUGCGACCCCUCUUGGAAUAUUUUCCGAGCAUAGACGUCUACUUGCAUACGUACAACAUAGUUUCAUUCCAUAAUCCUAGAAACCUAGAAAAGAAUGUGACAUUGCAUGUUGCCGACUCACUCAAUUUGAUAUUCUCCGAGCUGCGGGAGCUGCCUGGCGUUAAAAUAAGGAAUAUCUCGAUCACACAAGAUGCCAAAGCUGCAGAUAGAUCAUUUCGCCCCCUCAACUUUUAUCUAAGCCACGGAGAUCCUUGGAGGAACGAGGGCCUGUCCAUGUUCUAUUUCCUUCGGCAACUUUACAGCUUGGAGACAGUGACCCGUCUGUGGGAGAAGAGCCCCUCCACCGGCGAUCGUUACCAAGCAGUAGUCUACGUUAGACCAGAUUUGUUGUUUGAGAGCCCUUUACCCGUAGCGGAUACCUUGGAUGUAAUCGAUGAAGAACAUUCAAAAAGAAUAUUGUGGCCUCGAACAGUCUUCUCUCCCAAUUUUGACGUUUUCGGCGGCAUGAACGACCGAUUUGCCCUUGGAACUCCGGAUGUGAUGAGUGUCUAUGGGUAUCGAAAGAAUGACAUUGACCGCUUCAUGGAGGAGAAUCCAACCAAGCAUCUCCAUGCCGAAAGCUAUUUAGCCUGGGUAAUGAAGGACAGUUUAAUAAGAUGCGAAACUCUCGAUUUUUCCUUUAAGCGCAUUCGAGCACGGAUUGAUAAAUGAGUAUGAAUAAAGUAAGAAAUAUAAAGUGUAAAA